AUGGAAGCCUCAGCUAUUGACAACGGUUAUGCUAGCGACCGCGCGCCGUCGUCCUCGCAGCCAAGGGGAGUCAGUCGAGCUGCGAAAAUCAAAUGCACAAAUCAAGCAAGACCGACAGAGAAGAAGACGCGCAUCCUCUUGACGACGCAGUAUGAGCAGAAGAUCGACACCCUGGAGCGGCGGCUAGACGUCGCCAUUGGUCUCCUGGAAGACCUUGCUCGCAAGUCAACAUCUAGUGGCAAUGCCGAUGCAGCAGCCCACCGGGCGGAACAGCCAGCGCCUGCUUCUGUGGGUGCUGGGCGACAGCGCGAUAUCGACUGUGAGACCCUCGUGGAGGGGGACACGUCCAUCGCGGCCCAUUCCGUAUUCGCAAAUGACCUGCUCAAGAACUUUGUCGAAAAUGGCUCAUCCCUCAGCCCCAGUGAGGACAUGCGUCAGACUUUGGACGCCCUCUCCAGCAUUGUCACCACACUCAAGAGGCCCACCGCGGCUAGCGAAAUGGCCUGGCCACAAGCUCCUACAGUCAAGCGAUCACGUCCUCGGCAUUGUGAUCUGCCCCCCAUCGAGAAGACGAUGGGGCUCCUGAUGUCUACUAAAGGGAAGUCCAAAAACCUCGAGAUGUCGUUUUGGGCAUACGACUUCUACACCCUGAAGCGAUUCUCUCUGCUUUGCCACCAGGUCUAUUUUGACGAGUCGCAAUCCGAAUUCGACUUCAUCACGGCCAUGUGUGGACUCCUCUUUUUGUUCAAAGUCUACUCCCAAGAUGUGUCAGGAAAGGAGAGGGAGGAACAACUCAGCUACGCCAAGUUGUGCCGCACCAACCUUGAAACUGCGCUGUCCAAGCUACCUCUCCACCUUCCAGCGCGACCUGAUGUUAUUGUUGCGGUCUUACUCGGAAGUUAUCAUGCAGUCGAGAUCUCCAAGCCGUCACUAGCCUGGACCCUGAGUUCCAAGGCCAUUGAACUGUGCCAAGUACUCGGCUAUCACAAUGCCUCAUCUAUGGAAGGUGACACACCGGACGUCAUAGAAUACAAGAAGGUCCUCUUCUGGAGCGCCUACCUCCUGGACAAGGGUUUCUCACUUCGGCUAGGCAGGCCGUCCAAGAUUCCAGAUUGGAGCAUUACCGUGUCAGAGCCAUCAACGCUCGAUCCGCAGACGGAACCAGUCUUCAGUUACUUUAGAUUAUGGGUCAGAUUCGCCCGGUGUCACGGAAACAUCUACGAGUUGCUCUAUAGCCCCGAGGCCUGUUCCCAACCGGCUCACGUAAUGCAGACGCGUGUUCAAAGCCUCGCUGCCGAGCUCAAUCAAUUGGGCGAUGCCAUUCGGCUGACGAAUGAGCACUGGAGCAAACAGGCCGACACCUUUGCUGGAAGCGAGGCUUUGGACUUUUGUGCGCUCUGGGACGAUGUGCUCCGUCUUUCUCUGAUCACGCUUGUCUACCGUGCCGAGCCGCGAAGCCCCGACUCUGCGACCACUUUCAGCUCAAGCUGCGUCCAGGCCGCGCGGAACACGCUGGAGCGGCACCACGCCUGCAUGGCGGCCAUGGGUGUAAAAGCCGACUUCUACUUUCCCCUGUAUCUCUACUGGACAAUUCUCUUCUCCCCCUUCAUCCCAUUUAUCAUCCUCUUCUGCCAGGUAAUCGAAACGCGAAACCAGUCAGACUUGGUGUUGAUGCAGGGAUUCGUGACGUCCAUACAAAAAGCGCCAGCGGUCAGCGAGGGCGCCAGCAAGAUACACCAUCUCUUUCAGACCCUGUACAAUGUGGCUUGUCACUACAUCGACCUAAGCCAGUCGCAGGUGCAGCUCAAUAACGUGCACGCCAACGUGCAGAUGAACGCGCACCUCACAGCUCUCGGGUUCAUGCCGCGUGAUGCUGACCAGGACCCAAACACGUUGCUCGAUCCAAUCCUUGGAUGUCCCCAGGCAUUACCGGGACAGUUAACACAGAAUGCCUUCAUGAGCCCAGGCUCGGCGCAGGGAACCGCGGGACCGACUUCAACUUUAUGGAUGCUGGACGACUGGUACAGCAGUAAUCCUGCCUUGAUGAGCAUGGUCUAUGGGACAGACUUGACUUUGGAGGAUAUCCAGCCUUGA